UGAAUUCUACGAAGCGAUUUCUUGGAAUGAAGGAGAUUUCUGGAGGCGUCUGAAGGAAGAGAUAAAAAAGAUCGUUGCUAAACUUGCUCAAGUAAACACCCCGCGUUCUAACGGAACUGGCGAGCGUCUCCUAGCGAACGGACCAGAAUAUUGAAUUUAUGCAUCUUCAACAAAUAAAGACAUGAAUUCUUGCCCACCACCAACGAACAGUAAAAGACUUUCGGAUAUUAGUAUCUUGUCUGCUGCUCCGGAAAUGCAAAAAUGCAUUGAGAGAGAAAAAUACAGACAAAAGCACGACAGUAUCCAAGACCGUUUCGGUGACAGGUGGAACUCCAAGCUCGAAAGAGACACGUCGGACGGACUUGUUGCCUGUAACUUCCCUAUUACCAAAUGCUGCGCCAUUUCUGAUUCUGCAUCUUCAGCUUUAUCCGACGAUGUUCCAUUUGUCUUUAAGAAUACAAAGAUUUCGUUUAAAGGCGCUGAAGAACGAAGUUUGGCAUUCCUUCAGAAUCUUUCACUAAAUCGUUCCCACGAAUCGUCUGACGAGGAAUGUGCUUUAUCAAAAACUGGUAACAUCGUGAAAAAUGCACCGUUGACGAAUGGUACCAAGACAGAAGAGCAUUUAUUAAGAUCCAUUAAGGCUCCUUCUAAUAUUCAGAACCGAGGCAGAAACGCAAAAGACAAAAUAUCUAUUGCGGGCAAUAUCAACUACAGCGCUCUGAAAAAAAGUAGCAAGGCUAAUUACAAGUCUAAAUCAUUGCCGUUGGAUGAUGACUUAUUGGUGUCUGACGAAGAUGGCUUCUCUGAACAUUUGGUUGUUGUAAAGAAAGAUGACAAUUGGGGCUCUACAAGCGACUUGAAUGAUGAAGCUCAAUAUUUUCCUCUGAGGGAAAAAUCGAACAAACUGAAAGACAAUGCGAUUAAUACAGAUUUGGAACCUGACUGCAUCAGUCUGAGACACCAGAUUGAAAACAUUGAGGCCAAUAUGACUAUCGAGGCCAUCAAACAAGGAGAAGGAGCGUUGUUAGAACGAUGUGAGGAACUCCGCGAACAGUUGGUCAAAGAACGCGCCCUUACCUGUAAGCUGAUUACCCAGAAAACCAUUGCUGAACAACGUACUAAA